CUGUGUGUUCUUGCGUGUUUUUGAUUUCGUCGAUUCGUCAUUCGUGUAAAAUUUUUGUUUGUUUAUUGCUAAAAACCUGAAAAACUAUCUUUAUAAAAAUAUAAGUGAAGGAUAUUUGAGUGAUUAUUAAACUAAAUUUGGAGACUCCGAAACAGUAAUAAUAUGCGGUAUUUUCUGUAAUAUCUUCUGUUACAAAUAUCGAAAAGUAGGUAACUAUGUCGCGCCAAGUGGACUCAAGCAUUCUAAAACUGUUAGACGGAUUGGGACUAAGCGGAGAAGACCAUGACUUAUGUGAUUUCACCAUCGCCGACCAGAAUUCCGUAGCCGAGUCUCAAGGUAUCACGCCCACCACACCCUCUAAUUUCAAACCGGUACUUGGCAGCAAUGUGACGUAUGUAGUCGCUUGCGUAUUGAUCAACGACGACGAUGAAGUACUCAUGAUGCAGGAAGCGAAGGAAAGCUGUGCCGGCAAGUGGUACCUGCCUGCUGGCCGAAUGGAGAAAGGCGAAACCAUUGUACAAGCUACUAUUAGAGAAGUCUUGGAGGAAACUGGUCUCAUGGUUGAUCCAAAAACUAUGCUAGUAGUGGAGACAGCUGGAGGAAUGUGGUAUAGAUUUGUCCUGACAGGUGACGUGAUUGGAGGUGAACUUAAAACACCUGCCAGUGCAGACAAGGAGUCUCUACAAGCAAAAUGGAUUGGUAACUUACAGGAAAUUUCACUGAGAUCCAAUGACAUUUUGCACCUGAUAGAAAGAGCUCAGUUGCAUAAAAAGAGUACUCCUGGAGUUGGCUGGCAUAAAAAUCUUUUGCCAGCUUCAAUACCUCAUAGUAAAGACUUGUUGAGACUGAUUGUUGUGAUUAAAAGAAGAAGUACAAACAGGCUACAUGUGCUGCUAAGUGAGAAGACUGCCAUACAUUUUCCUGUGUGUGAGAUUAACCCAGCAAAAAGUGUCCAUUCAACUUUGAGAAGGUUCAUGGUAGAAAUGUUUGGGGCAGAUGUAGGCCAGCAUAGGCCUCUUGGACUUCUGAAUUUAGAACAUGACCCAGCCUCUGAUGGUUGCUGCCUCACUCUCCUUGUAGCAUUCCGUGCCCCCUUGGAGGAAGUGCCCCUCAUUGGUAAAUGUGCUUGGCAAGAGGUAUCCAAGGAUGUGGAACAACAGCUCCUCUCUGUAACAUCAUCUAAAAACUCCACAAUUGAACUGCAUGUAGUGCGUUAGUCAUGAAGACUGUUGUGUAUGUAAAUUUUAAGUGCCACUGACAGAAUACUCAUUCUUACAAAGUGAUAAAUUGUAGUGUUUAUUGGCUUUCCUUUGUAUUUUUUUACAACUCAUCAUAAGCCUGCCAGUCAUUGAUCUGAUGUUGCUACUUGUAGCAGAUAAUUUAUUGUACAAUAUAAUAGGUAUUUUUGUUCAAAAUCAUGCCAAAUGUGAAAUGUUUUAUUACAUUCCAAGAUAAUAUUUCAACUCAAUAUAUUUAUCCAACAAUAUGUUAUAUUUUAGUUAUAAGUUCUAAUCCCUAAAGCUUUGAAUAGGUAAAUACAAUAUGUAAACUCAUGACAUAAUUAAUAGUAAUUUAAUUUCCUUGUACUAACACAUAGUUUAUGAUGCUACUGCACACAAUUUCUAAGAUAACUUCUUAUGUGUGGCAGUGUCAUGACUUUGAGCUUUAAAUUUGUAUAUCAUGGUUCAGGGUUUUACUUGUUAUAUUAUUUUAUACAAUUAUACAUAUACUUACUGUUAAAAUUUGAAAUAAAAACUUUAAUUUCCGAAAA